AUGUCGAUGCCUUCCGGUGUUGCAAUCUCGGACGAGGCCAUCUCGGCGUCCAGAUCCCUCCGCUUCGGCCGGGGACCCAACAAGCCACGAUUCGUGAUUUACAAGAUCUCCGACGACGAAACCACUGUAGAGCUAUGCGAAACAUCCACUGAACCGGAUUACGAGACGUUCCUCCAGUCUCUCUGUGGCGCAGUCGACAGCAACGGGAAGCCGAUGCCGCGCUUUGCGGCGUACGAUGUGGAAUAUGAUCUGGGGGAGGAUGGCAAGCGAUCCCGGCUGGUCUUCAUUAGCUGGGUUCCACAAGAGACAGCCCUCAAGCUUUGCAUGUUGUAUGCGACCACCAAGGAGAAGCUGCGGAACGCGGUGGAUAUCAAACUGUCCAUUCAUGCGGACACGCCAGACGAACUCGAAUGGCGGAACAUUGUGAGCCUUGCUAGUGGGGGGAAGAUGUAGCAUUUGUCCUGUCUGAUUCUCGUCCGGUAGUUUUAUUGUCGUGUUUGGUAUUCAUUGUUGCCUGAUCGAUAUUCUUUUUUCCGGUGCGCACAUACUGGACCAGGUAGACGUCCAGGCAGGGCUUAUCACC